UUAUAAACAUUGUGUCACCUUAAAUUCUACCGGCUGGGAAUGAAUCUCAAGCGAAAGAGUUUGACUCCUGCUGCAGCAAGUAGGCGCAAAAACAAAGUAAAGAGAAAAGUGAGCUGUGCUAAAAUAUAGCUCACGUCUACGUUUUAAUUUAGUAAACAUGUUAAAGUCUUUAACGUCUACCUGCAGACUGAAGUCCAUUCACAGACUGCAACGAAUUCAGGCUCAAAUGAUGUCGAGUCAUACUGAACCAGAGGUUCUGCUGGAGAAAGUGGGCAGGGCUGGUGUGAUUACAAUGAACAGACCUAAAGUUCUCAAUGCCCUCAACCUGACAAUGAUUAGGCAAAUGUUGCCACAACUCAAGAAAUGGGAAAACGACACAGAGACUGACAUUGUGAUCAUUAAAGGAGCAGGUGGGAAAGCCUUUUGUGCCGGCGGAGACAUUAGAGCGGUCACAGAAGCAGGGAAGGUUGGGGAUUCACUUGCACAGGACUUUUUUCGGGAGGAAUACACUCUAAACAACGCUAUUGGAUCAUUCAAGAAACCAUAUAUUGCUUUAAUUAAUGGCAUAACAAUGGGAGGGGGCGUGGGUCUGUCGGUUCACGGGCGCUUUCGAGUGGCGACUGAGAAGACGCUGUUUGCUAUGCCAGAAACUGCCAUUGGCCUUUUUCCUGAUGUAGGAGGUGGAUAUUUUCUCCCGAGGCUUCAAGGAAAGCUGGGACUGUUCCUCGCCUUGACGGGCUUCCGGCUCAAAGGACGGGACGUGCAGAGAGCUGGAGUCGCCACUCACUUUGUAGAGUCUGUGAAGAUCCCCGAUCUGGAGAAUGAACUGGUGGAUUUGAAAUCUCCCUCUGAUGCCGAAGUUACUAAAGUGCUCGAGUCUUACCAGAACCAGAGUAGUAUGGACUCUGACAAGCCUUUUGUUUUAGACAAACAUCUUCCAGAUAUCAACAGGCUGUUCAGCGCCAGCAGUAUGGAAGGAAUCAUGCAGAACCUGAAGGCAGAUGGUUCUGAAUUUGCAAAGAAACAAUCUGAGAUCCUGUCAAAAAUGUCUCCUACGUCCCUGAAGAUCACAUACAGGCAGCUGCAGGCUGGUGCAGCUCUGAGUCUGCAGGACGUGUUGGUGAUGGAGUAUCGAUUGAGCCAGGCCUGCAUGAGAGGCUGUGAUUUCUAUGAAGGUGUUCGAGCUGUGCUCGUCGACAAAGACCAGAGUCCCAAGUGGAAUCCAUCAACCCUGGAGGAGGUGUCUGAGCAGAGUGUGGACGAGUGUUUUUCCACUUUGGGAGAGAAGGACCUGACUUUGUGACGUGCAUCAGCCAGCAGUGGCUGCCCGCCUUCAGACACAGCACUAAACCUAAUGUAAACAGCCACUUCCUGCUCGCUCAUCCUUUCAUCGUCACCCAUUUUAGAGGCUUCUGCUACAGAGAAAGGUCGUCCUUUAUGACAAAAACAUCCAUAGAUGGUGCUGUUAAUGAAACUGAUUUAGAUGUGAGCUGUUGCCUUUUAAACAAAAAAAAAUACAAGAUUUUAAGAGAGACUUUGAGUGAUAAAUAAAAUAUGUGAUUCAAAUCUUGACCGACGAGGUACCCAACAGACACACCAGUGCUAAUUCAGUGGAAGUGCAGUUCAUUUCUACAUCAUUGCUACAAAAAAA